AUGUUUGUUAUCAAAAGAGACGGUCGUAAAGAAAAAGUUGCAUUCGAUAAGAUUACUGCAAGAAUUAACAAGCUUAGUUAUGGCCUAGAUACAAACUAUGUUGACCCUGUCAAAGUAACUCAAAAGGUCAUUUCCGGUGUCUAUGAAGGUAUCACUACUACAAUGCUUGAUACUUUAGCAGCUGAAACUGCUGCUUAUAUGACGGUAUCACAUCCUGAUUAUGCUAUCCUUGCUGCGCGUAUCGCUGUUUCCAAUUUACACAAAGAAACACAAAAGGCCUUUUCUGAUGUAAUUCAUGCCUUGUAUACCUACGUUAAUCCUAGAAAUGGUAAACUCUCCCCUAUGAUUUCCGACACUAUUUAUAAAAUUGUGAUGGAUAACGCUGAACGUUUGAACUCUGCUAUUAUUUAUGAUCGUGAUUUCAACUUUAAUUUCUUUGGCUUUAGAACUCUUGAACGUUCUUAUCUUUUACGUAUUAAUGGCAAGAUCGCUGAAAGACCUCAACAUUUGAUUAUGCGUGUUGCUGUUGGUAUUCAUGGUGAAGACAUUGAUGCAGCUAUCGAGACCUACCAUCUUAUGUCUCAAAAGUAUUUCAUUCAUGCCAGUCCCACUCUUUUCAAUGCCGGUACCCCUCGUCCUCAACUCUCCUCUUGUUUCCUUAUUACACCUAAAUCAGACUCUGUCGAAGGCAUCUUUGAGACUCUCAAGAUUUGUUCCAAGAUUUCCAAGAGUGCAGGUGGUAUUGGUAUCAACGUGCAUGACAUUCGUGCCACGGAUUCCUAUAUUGGAGGCUGUAACGGUGAAGCUCAUGGUUUAUUGCCCAUGCUUAAGGUCUUUAACAGUACAGCUCGUUACGUUGAUCAAGGUGGUAACAAACGUCCUGGUGCCUUUGCCAUCUAUCUUGAACCCUGGCAUCCUGAUAUCAUGAUGUUCAUGGAUCUUCGCAAGAACUUUGGUCGUGAUGAGAUCAGAGCCAGAGAUAUGUUCUACGCCCUCUGGAUCCCUGAUCUCUUUAUGAAACGUGUUGAAGAAAACGGUAAUUGGUCUCUCUUCUGUCCUCAUGAGGCCCCCGGUUUGGCUGAUGUCUGGGGCGAUGAAUUUGAAGCUCUCUAUAUGAAAUAUGAGAAGAUGGGUAUCGCUCGUGAAACGAUGCCCGCUCAAAAGCUUUGGUUCCAUAUCUUGGAGGCUCAAACCGAGACCGGUAACCCCUUCUUACUUUAUAAGGAUGCCUGUAAUCGUAAGAGUAAUCAGCAAAACUUGGGUACCAUCCGAUGCAGUAACCUGUGUACUGAGAUCGUUGAAUAUUCUAGUCCCGAUGAAGUCGCUGUCUGUAACCUUGGUUCCCUUGCUUUACCCUCCUUUAUUGAGAAUGGUGUCUAUGACUUUAAGAAACUUCAUCAGGUGACUAAGGUAUUGACGAAGAAUUUGAACAAGGUGAUUGAUGUCAACUUUUAUCCCGUUCAAGAGGCCUAUAACUCCAAUAUGCGUCAUCGACCUAUCGGUUUAGGUGUUCAAGGUUUAGCGGAUGCCUUUAUCUUGAUGAAGUAUCCCUUCGAAUCCCCCGAGGCAAGAAAGUUGAACUUGCAAAUCUUUGAAACCAUCUACCAUGCCGCCCUCGAGGCCUCCUGUGAACUCGCCGAGAAAUUAGGUCCCUAUUCCACUUAUGAGGGAUCCCCAGUCUCUAAGGGUAUCCUGCAAUACGAUAUGUGGAACGUGACCCCUACUGACCUCUGGGAUUGGGAUACACUCAAGGCCAAGAUUGCUAAACAUGGUGUUCGUAACUCCCUCCUUCUCGCUCCUAUGCCUACCGCCUCUACCUCCCAAAUCCUUGGUUUCAAUGAAUGUUUCGAACCCUAUACCUCUAAUAUCUACAUGCGUCGUGUGUUAUCAGGUGAAUUCCAAAUUGUCAAUCAAUGGUUAAUGAAGGACCUAGUCCGACUUGGACUUUGGAAUGAUAAGGUCAAGAACAAGAUCAUGAACGACAACGGAUCUGUACAGAACGUACCUGAGAUCCCUGAUGAUCUCAAGCGACUUUACAAGACGGUUUGGGAAAUCUCUCAACGUACGAUUAUUGACUUGGCAGCUGAUCGUGGUGCGUUCAUUGAUCAAAGUCAAAGUAUGAACUUAUUUGUGGGUAAACCUAACAUGGGUCGUUUGACCUCCAUGCACUUUUAUGCUUGGAAGAAGGGUUUAAAGACAGGUCAAUAUUAUCUUCGUAUUCGUCCUGCUGUCGAUGCUAUUAAAUUUACUGUGGAUCAAACUGUAGUUGAAAACUAUGAAAAGGAAUCAACUGAACAAAAAUCAGAAGAAAAUGGCAAGAAGACUGAAAAGGGCAAUGAUACUACUAUAAAAAGUAAAAUUCCUGUAGUUUGCGAUGAUGAAGUGUGUGUCAGUUGUAGUGCUUAG